AUGGCGGCGGUGGAUCCGUCGGCGGCCAGUCAUGGCACCACGGGAUCCCUCACUCCGGCUGACACCGUCGCUCGCUCGCCCAUGACGGCUGCCUCCAGCGGAAGAAGCCGCUGCCCCGCCGCCGGCCACCUCCCAGCGCCCCGGCUUCUUCCCUCGCCGCCGGCCACCUCCCAGCGCACCGGCUUCUUCCCUUGCCGCCGGCCACCUUCCCGCGCCCGGCUUCUUCCCUCGCCGCCGGCCACCUCCCGGCGCCCCGGCUUCUUCCCUCGCCGCCGGCCACCUUCCCGCGCCCCUCCUUCUUGCCCAGCUGCCGGCCGCCUUCCCGCGCCCCGGCUUCUUGCCCCGCCGCCGGCCGCCUCCCCGCCCCCCGGCUUCUUGCCCCGCCACCGGCCGCCUCCCAGCACCCCGUCUUCUUGCCCCGCCGCCGGCCACCUCCCUGCGCUCCGGCCAACGGCUAGAUCCGGCUGCCACGUCCCUGCGGCGCCCACAGCCACGGCGCCCGGACCCCAUCUCCACCUAACCCCGGCGACCCCAACUAUGCGCUCCCAGCCCCAGCGCCACCGACCCCUGCACUACGUCGUCCCAUCUCCUCGACACCGGCGGUUGUGCCACACUGCACCGCCGUGGCCAGCUCUCCUGCAACCGGCGGCGACUCUCCCUUCCUCCAGCGCGACCAUCCGCCCCAGGUCGAGCAAGUUCAGAAAUUGCAGCGCCCUGCAGUUCGUGAGAAUUUCAAAGUUCACACUCCAUUAAGUCAGGGAGAGUCUAGUUUUGCUGCUGGAUCAUCUCAUCUCAUUCGUAUGUGUGCCGUCCUCAGUCCAACCCCAUGGCAUUAGGAUGGCCGAGUUUGUCGCGAGGAACAGUCCAUGGAUGUCGGCUUCAACUUUCCUCCGCGAAGGUCCUUUUGCUCGGUGAU